AUUUAAGGAGUUUGCGCAGCUGGAAAGCUACACAUGUGAGUCUGGAGGCGGGUCCCGGUUGCAGACUUGCCAUGGCCUCCGAAGCUUCUGUGCGUCUAGGGGUGCCUCCUGGCCGUCUGUGGAUCCAGAGGCCUGGCAUCUACGAAGAUGAGGAGGGGAGAACCUGGGUGACUGUGGUCGUGCGGUUCAAUCCCUCGCAUAGGGAAUGGGCCAGGGCCUCCCAGGGCAGCAGAUAUGAACCCAGCAUCACAGUGCACUUGUGGCAGAUGGCAGUGCACACCCGGGAGCUACUCUCCUCCGGCCAGAUGCCCUUCUCCCAGCUGCCCGCCGUGUGGCAGCUCUACCCCGGGAGGAAGUACCGAGCAGCGGAUUCCAGUUUCUGGGAAAUAGCAGACCAUGGCCAGAUUGACUCUAUGGAGCAGCUGGUCCUAACAUAUCAGCCGGAGAGGAAAGACUGACACUGGGAGUGGCUGGCCCUGCCGGCCCUGCCUCUUCUGGCCUGGUGUCUCCUCAUGCCCCCUCAGUGAGGAUCUUCAUGUACCUGCUCUUCUGUUUGCACACCCAGCAUAGCCUCCUUGCGGGCGGAAGGCAGUAGGGCCCCUGCACACUCAGUUUCUCUCGUUUUCCUUAGUUAUCAGUCCUGUCCUGUACCACUCGGGUCUGCACUUAGGGCAGCUGGCCUGGAUGGGCUUCACUGGGGCCCUGUCUGUGCGCUGAGCCAGUUUCCCCUGCUGCCUGCAAGCUGUGGGUUCUUUCUCCUCUGUGCCCCUCAUGCUGAUCUUCUAGAUGCCACUCCCAAAUCCCCUUCAUACCCACCAGGAUGUGUGCCCAGCCAGGCCUCCAGCACCCCCAGUGCAGCUCAUGAUUGGAAACUCACCAUCGGCAGGCAGUGGUUUGGUUUAAGAGAUGGCAUUAGAGGGAGCCCAGUCUGGAUGUGGACUUGGAUGCCCCGUGGGUAUCAGUUCUGCUGACACUUUGGCCCGAAAUAGAUCCAGUGCUGAGCAAGCAAUGUACACCGGAGCCUCAGUGAGCCCAUCUGCACAGUGGGGAGCAUGGAGGGAUGGGUUUGGCCUGUGCUUCUGCUUGUUCAGUCCUUCAGCUCACGGAAGGGAUGCUAGUCCGUGAAGGUGACCUCACAGUACUGGUUAAUUAAACUUUAUUGCUCACUGUCCACUUUUGUGCUGAAUUGGAGCCUCUCUUUGACCUCUUUCUAGCAUAGAAAUGGCAGCUUCUGGUACCGAAAUGUUAAGGUAACAUUUUAAUGAUCCAUUUCAUAUUUUUCCACACUGGGAAGGAAAUUGUGAUUGGUCCAUUCAGCAGCAAGACGCCGGCGGGAGUUAAGGAAGGGGAGGAGACUCGUGCGGGCUCUGGGUGAAGCCCUGCUGUGAAAGGGCAGGAAAGCCCGUAGUGGUCACAGGAGAACCGGGAGCAAGGGAGAGCUCCCAAAGCGAGACAAUGCAACAGCAUGUCAUUGCAGGAGAUGCAGAAUGCAGGUGCAAGGGAGGAAGGGCCCAUGUGUGGGAGAGUAUGACAUGACAGAGGAGCAGAGUCCUUGAGCAGGGAGGGAUGAGGCAGGGGGCCAAGGCACUGAGCAGUGCCACCAUUGUGACCAGGAAGAAGAGGACGAUACAGUGCAGGUCAGGGUGACCAUGCAGUGGUGGCAAGGAGAAGAGAUUCCCUCCCUCAUGUCGCUCACAAGAAAAAAUCACCCAUGGGCUGAAAUCCCAACCUUACAAAAUGAAUCUGUAAAAGCAUUCAUAGAAAGUUUGGGGAAAUAUGUUCAUGAACGUGGGGUACAGAAAAACCCAAGUAAAUCACAGGUGUAAGCAAAAGACAGUGUAAGACAAACUUUUUCAAGUGAAGCAUUUCUGUAUGACAAAAUAUUAGGAAGCAUCAAUCACAAUUUAGCAUGGUAUAUAAGGCACGCCAGUGUUUGCCUGCAGCGGGCUUGCUCAAGCCCAGUGGUGUUGCGGGGAGGGGCUGUCCUGUGCCUUGUAGAAUGUUUAGCAACAUCCUUGGCCGCCACCCACUGGAUGCCAGAAGCAUCUCCUGACCGCAACUUGUGAGAACC